AUGAAGCCCUUAUCUCUGGAUAAUUGUUUGGAAUUUGUGGCAGGAACAUAUAAAUGGGCAGAGCAUAAACUCCACCAGUAUUCUCUGGUUUCACAUCAGAUAACCAUCAAAAUGAAAACCAUGGUAAGUACUAUACAGUGUGCAUGUGAUCUAGUACAUUUCAUGUAUAUUAUACACACAGUUAUCUACUGAAUUUAUAAUUUAACUCGUGAAAACAGUUUAAUAAAAAUUUGAGAUCUCCAAACUAUUUCCAUAUAAUUUAUAUUGCUAAAAACAAGUUUUUAUUAUAUUCUGACAUUUUAAAAAUGUAAAAACCUUCAGGUUAACAUGUUAGAAUAGCUUUGAUAAGAAGUUAUUUUGAACAUUGUAUAGCAAUCAAAAUUAUUUCAGCAACUGUUUGGAGAACAUUUAUUUAUUUUAUGUCUUCUGAUGGUUUUAGUUUGAACAUUGCACUAUACUUUAUUCAUUGUGUAAAUAUUAAAACAAAGGGAUUAAUAAAUGUGAUUUGAGUGUGUGCACACACUUUCAUUUACUGUAUUUAAGCAUUCAUGUGCAGAUAAAUUGUUUAUAUGACUUACAUAGUUUUACACCCCACCUCCUAUAGAAUGUAAGCUCGAUUGAGCAGGGUCCUCUUCAACCUAUUGUUCCUGUAAGUUUAUUUGUAAUUGUCCUAUUUAUAGUUAAAUCCCCUCUCAUAAUAUUGUAAAGCGCUACGGAAUCUGUUGGCGCUAUAUAAAUGGCAAUAAUAAUAAUAAUAGCACCAGUAGCUAUAUGUAAGCAAAUAAACUGCACUAGAUAAGACACACAUGGAAACACACACAUGAAUGUAUUCCCUGAGCUAUGAAUAAUAGUGAAAAUGUAACCCAAAAUAGCUAAUUUGGUAAAAUUAUUCAGUUCAGCUGUAGUCACAUUUUUAGCAAUGUUAUCCUAAAUUGUGCUAGUCUGUGUCAAUCUGCAACUAUUCAGAGUUUAGUAAAUUAAUUUGAUAUGCUUUUUUGAAAUAAAUUUUAAUGUAAUUUUUUUUCUUCAACAUUAUUAUUUUGCAGUUUCUGCUGGCGGCUCUUUUAGCUGUUUUUAUAAACCCAUUACAGGCGCAGGAGGUAAGUGGUCACUGAUAUGGAUGACUAAACAUAAUACUGGAGACGUUAGUGUAACCAAACUCCCAUUCCCAACAUCCUAAACCAGGAUAAAUUCCUACAAAGAUGUGUAUGUGACUUCAUACGUACUUCAUACGUAAUUCAUACUGAUGUUUUAUUACUCAUAAAUAUACUAUCAUUGUAAAAAUACCAUCAUCAUAUCACAUUUCAUUACCAUCAAUUCUCCCUAUUUUCAUUUAUCAGCCUUCAGAUUACAUACCAUUACUACAUCAUCAAAUUCAGAAUUCUCUAAAGCCAGUUUACUAAAACCUUUUGCAAAGGGUAGAUGAGAAAUGGUUAGAUAUGAUUGAUAUAGCAAGCAGAAUGGUUACCAUAAUGCCCCCACUCCUUGUAUAAUUUUUUAUGUAUCAAACAGGUUUUAUUGAACAAAUAAAAAUAAAUAGCAAUAUAUUCACAGUGCAAGCCUCUUUGUUUAGAAUUACAUAACUGCAUUAGAAGAAUAGGUAGAAAAGAACAACGCAGUUAACCUAAUAUACAAAAUAUUAAACAAUACAAAUAAGUAGUGAGUCAAAAACAGAGAAAAAAUAUGUAAUCAAUAUUAGUUACGGCAGGUGUAGGAAAUAUUUAAGAGAAGCGAGAAAGGGUAAGAGAAAGAAACAACGAGGGAAUAGGUAUCAAAAGGAGGGGUUAGGCUUUCAGGAAUGCUAUAUCUAUUAACAGGUAUCUAAACUAUCCAAGAUUUAGUACAGUGUAAGGCAGGUAUUCAGGCACAGAUUAAGAUGUGGUGACUUCACUUCUUUAACCCCCCCUGUUAUGUAGUAGAUUAAUGGUGUAUCAUUUUGCCAAUAGAAAGCUGCAUGAUUUGCUAACUAAGGGGGAACUUGGUUUAUUAUGAUAUAAAAGUCCGCCCCCCUUAUAUUCUUUUCUAUUAAGCCAAGGAGCCCAAGCCACAAAAAUAUCAUCUUUAGUCACCUAAGCAUUCAGGCUAGUCUUGAUCUCAGCUUUUAUUCACCAGCAUAAAACAUUGAAUAUUUCCAAAAAGAGAUACUGAAUUGUGCUUUUUUCUUUCCAGUGUGAGGAUGUUCAGUGUUGUUUCACAGAGUGAAACUGCUGGAAGCGCCUCUAGUGGCUGUCUGGUAGACAACCACUAGAGGCAGUCAACACUACAAUUUAGACAUUUAGUUUCUCUAAAACUGCAAUGUAUUACAUUGAAGGGUUAAGGUAAUAGGAACACUGUACCCAGACCACUUAAAUGAGAUGAAGGGUUCUGGGCGCCUUUUGUGUCCAUUUAAAUUGUAAACAUGUAUUUUCCCUGGUAAUAGUAAUCAUUUGUCUUAUUUUGUGAAUACAAUCAAUAAUAACAUUAUCAAUAGGGGCAGAAAAAAUGCACUAAUGACUAAACAGUGGAUUUAGUUCUAUACAUAACAAAAUGGUGCAGAAGCACAUAACUAGAGGAAAUGUAAACGUGAAUAUAACACAUUGUACAUAAAAAAACAGAAAACAAAGAAGGGAGAGGGAAACAAACGGAGGACAAUCAAGAAAUGAAUAAUUAAAAAAAAAAAAGGUACAAUUAUAGAAUUGGGAGAGUAAAUAACCACUUUAACUAAAAAUAGUCACAAUUUGGACCCACCAACCAUAGAUAGUUUUAUAGUCAGAACAUUAAAAAUCAUGUGAGGACAACACAGCCAUUUUGUUCUAUAAGUUUAUAGGGAGCAAAUGAUCGUUCUUUCCUGUCAGUAAUUUGUGCCACAGGCACAGCACUUACCUAGUAAUUAACAUUGCUUGUGUGUUACAGACAUACCAGUACAUCAACCGGGGAUACAAUGGAGAAACCAUUUACAACACAGUGGAUGUUCACGAGGAUGUCAAAAUUGCAGUGGUUAAUGCAUACUCUGGGCGAGGAACAUCCCAUGCAGUCUUUGAUUACAAUCAGGUAAGAAAUGACAAAAAUUGUCAGUAAUAUAAUGGUCAGUAAUAUUGUUCCUGAAAGAGAAGACCCAGGCCUGUGCAAUAAGUGUAUAGAAAUAAUGACUGAUACAGACAUACUGGGGGAACUACCACCUGUCAACAUGGUAUAAUUAUAAGGAUACUAUAGGCAUCAAAGCAAUGUUAGCUUAAUGAAGCAGUUUUUGUGUAUAGAUCAUGUACCUGCAGUCUCACUGCUCAGUUCUCUGCCAUUUGGGAGUUAAAUCACUUUUGUUUCUGUGUAGCCAUACCUCCCCUGGCUGUGGCUGAGAGCCUGCAUGAAGAAAAUGGCUUUAUUAUCAAUCAGAUGUUAACUUGUUUUCAAAGUUUUUAUAUUGUGAUGUGCAAAUUGACCAUACAUAGGAAGCUCCUGUGUGAUUUAUAAUGCUAUUAACAGAGCAGGAGAUAAGAAAUGCUAAAUUAUACACAAUGUGCAAUAAAGGAAGUUUAAACAUCAGAUCUUUCUUUAUAAGAAAUGUUUAGAAAAGCUAUAUAAGUCACGUGCAGUGAGGUGUGACUAGGGCUGUAUAAACAAACUUAUUUAACUUGUAAAUGGCAGAGAAUUGAGCAGUGAGACUGCAUGGGCAUGAUCUAUACACCAAAACCACUCAAUCUAAAGUUGUUUUGGUAGCUAAAGUGAUCCUUUAGCAAUUCACUCCCUCCACCCCAUGAAAAUAAACAAAUAAAUACAAAUAAGGCUGUAACAUUUGUUCAGUAUACAAGGGGGAAAAAAUUAAAAGGCAGGUUGUGUGUAUAUAAUUGACAGUGUGUGUUUAUAUGUAUUACGCAGUGUGUGUGUGUGUGUGUGUUUAUAUGCAUUAGGCAGUUUGUGUGUAUGUAUAAGGCAGUUUGUGUGUAUGUUAAUGUUUUAGGCAGCUUGUGUGUAUGUGUCUGCACUAGGCAGUUUGUUUGUUUGUGUGUAUGUAUAAGGCAGCUUGUGCGCAUGUGUAUGUAUAAGGCAGUUUGUGUGUAUGUAUGUGCAUUAGGAAGUUUGUUUGUGUGUAUGUAUACGGCAGUUUGUGUGUGUGUGUAUGUGUAUGUAUUGGGCAGUUUAUCUGUAUGUAUAAGGCAAUAUUUGUGUAUGUGUGUGCAUUAGGCAGUUUGUAUGUGUGUAUGUAUAAGGCAGCUUGUGUGUAUGUGUAUGUAUUAGGCAGUUUGUGUGUAUGGAUAAGGCAGUUUGUGUGUAUGUGAAUGCAUUAGCCAGUUUUUUAGUGUAUAUAUAUUAAGCAGCUUGUGUGUGUGCAUGUGUAUGUAUUAGGCAGUUUGUUUGUGUUUAUGUAUAAGGCAGUUUGUUUGUAUGUGUAUGCAUUAGGCAGUUUGUUUGUGUGUAUGUGUAAGGCAGUUUGUGUGUGUAUGUAUGUAUUAGCAGCAGCAGAACUACCGCCAGCACUUAGGGUCACCCGAUGAGUAUUGUGGAACAGGGGCCCUGUCAGGAGAUGUGGCCCUUUAACAGCGCGACUGGGUCCCUGUGAUAUCGGUAGCACUGGGAGGAAGUGACACUAAAUAGCAAAGUUUGAAAACUUUUUCAUCUCAGUUAGAUGGACCAUUUUUACCAUUUUUCAACUAACAAUUGAAUAAAUAGACUCAUUUGAAUAAAUAAAAACACACAGGGAAUACUGUGAAAAAUGUAAGAGACAUUAACAAAAAGAGUAAGCAGAGAUGGAAAGUACAAACGAAAGAAAUAAUAGAGGAAAAGUUGAUAAGUCUAUAGACACUAGUUUGCUAAGAGAGAGGAAUAAUCCACUCAUGUACAUAUUUCAGCUUGCUGAAGUGCUUUAUAUGGCCUGUCAUUUUAUUGACAGUUUGUGCCAAUUUUAAUAGAAAUAAAAAUAAACAAAUAAAUAUCCUUUUUGUCUUUUUUACAGAAUAUAAUUGCCUACCAUUUGCCAUACAGAGGAAUCUGCGUACUUGCCCAUAUGGAUAUUAAUACCUUCCCUCUCCUGGGACGCUUUCAGGAAUUCAUCCACUCCAGAAGGGUAAAUGCCUGUCUCUAAUGUUUUCUCUAUGUUCAGUUACUAAUCUAUAUGGGUCAAACAACAAAAUACAGGUAACCCAAGAAAAAUACUCCAGACACAAAAGUAUAUAAUAAUAAGAGCAAUAAAAGUAAUAAGAGCAAUAAAAAACACACAGGAUAAAAAAGGAGUCCACAAUAAAACUUAAAAGAAAUAAAAAAUACCAAAUGGUAUGGCACAGUCUCAAAGGUGGCACUAGAUCUUCUAGUACUGGUAUGGGGCUUUUUGGUAGCUUCGCUUAACAGCAGUAUAUGAAAAGGUAGCAAAAACAGAGGCAAAUCAAUAGUGCAAUAUGGUAGUACAUAGUAGGACAAACAACAUUUAGAUAAUAUGUCAACUCACAUAUGGUAGAGCUAUAACCAGCUCUAGAUAAAACAGCACGCAGUGGUAUACAAUACCCACUGCAUGCUGUUUUAGCUAGAGCUGGUUAUAGCUUUACCAUAUGUGAGUUGACAUCUUAUCUAAGUGCCGUUUGUCCUACUACGUACUACCAUAUUGCACUAUUGGUUUGUCUUUGUUUCUGCUUCCUUUUCAUAUACUGGUAUUAAGUGAAGCUACCAAAAAGUCCCAUACCAGUACUAGAAGAUCUAGUGCCACCUUUGAGACUGUGCCGUACCAUUUGGUAUUUUAUAUUUCUUUCAAGUUUUUUUGUGGACUCUUUUUAUAUCCUGUGUGUUUUUAUUGCUCUUAUUGAUUUUAGUGCUCUUAUUAUUAUAUACUAUUGUGCUUGGAGUAUUUUUCUUGGCGCUACCUGUAUAUUGUUGUUUGACUUGUUCUAGUUUUUUGGGGGUUGGAGGGAUUAUUAUCAGGUGUGCUGCCUCCCAUCCUAGUAAUCUUAGUUCGUUUAGCGCUGCUCUAUUCCUUGUUUAGUUUUGUCACUAAUCUGUAUGAACUUGCUUAUAUAUUUUUGUAUGCAAAACAUUUUAAGUAUUAGUAGAUUUAAGUGUUAAAAAAAAAAUCUUUAAAUUUUUCCAUUUUACUUUAUUUUAUUAAUAUCAAAUGCAAGCUUAAUUCAAACAUUAAAAAGGGAACAUACAUAACACUUUAAAGUCAUUCUGAUUGGAUAAAUAUUACACUGUUUUAAAUAAUUAUAUUAUAUAUUAUUAUAUAUAUUAGAGAGAGAGAAAUAUAAAUGCAUAUGUAUUUGACUAAGUUUUUCUCUUUUUCCACCUCCGUAACUAGGAGAAGAAGAAGGAACUAGAAGAAAUUCGCAAACAUUAUGAAGUCACCAACCAGCUUGUGAUCAACCUCUCCCAGUUUGGCGGUGCUGUGGAAGGCCUGUGCUGGGGAGUUCCCACUUACUGGGCACGUGAAUAUCCUAGUAAGUAGAGACAGAAUUAGUUUACAAUAUGAGCUUCCAUAUAAUAUAUCUAUACAUAAUUAUUCAUUGUACCUAUACUAUUGGCAGAUCUGGUGCAACAAUAUUUUCUGUUGAUGUAGUGCAUGGUUAUUAUUAUUACUGGUAUUUAUAUGGCUCCAACUUAUUCUGUAGUGCUUUACUAUGUUAUAAAAGGAGGGAAAUCUAACAAAAUAUGAGAUGGUUACAAAACUAUACGUAAACAAUAGGUAGAUGGGGACCCUGCUCAAACAAGCUGUCUAGAGGAGGUGAGGGCAGCAAAGGGGACAGCAACCAAACAAGGUGGGAAAGUAGCAAAAAUGGAGGUUAGAGUACAGUGUGGCUCUUUAGCAAGAGAAGAUAUGCAACAUAGAAGUUACUUUGGGAGGCCAUAAGCAUUUCUGAAGAGAUGGGUUUUGAAGGACUUCUUAAAUAAUUGAAGACGAGGAGAGAGUCUGAUGAGGGUAGACCAGCUGUUCCAAAUGGUUAAUGAUUAAUAAUAAAGUCCAAUGUAUCAUGGGAUUGGGAAAGAAUUCAAUAGGAGGUAAUAAUAUUUACAUCACACGCACUCCAUCCUCCAUUUUGGGGUAUUAUACCAUUAUAUGUUUGUCAAACCCUGCAUACAUUCAACACGUUGGCAUUCAUAAGACUGAUGUGCCACAGCAUACAAAUGUAUGUAUUUCUAUAUUUCACUAUCCACAACACCUGUAUUGAAAACUAAUAUAAUUUCUGAAUAGCAAAUGUGCAGAUUUGAUUUAAUGAUUGUGCGUCCAGAACGAUUAAAAUAUCAUAUUCAUCCUUACAGGUCUGCCAAGAGUGAAUACAGGAAUUGGAGCUAGUGGCUGUCUUGGCGUGCACUUAUGCUUCAUACAUGUUGGACUCUGUGGAGGCUUCCAUCUGUUCUAA